UGGAGGUGUACAGGAUAAUUGUGUGUCAACGGCGGAAGGCUGCUCAGCGUUGUCUUCUGGUGAUGUCUGGGUGAGUCCAGAUAAUGUCUGCGCCACGUCUGACGUGUAUCUUGUUUAUUUAAUGCUGGUACUACUGACAGUGAUGUAUCGUCUGGGCACUGUGGCUGUAUUUCUUCCACAUCGAGAGAAGUGACGUCAUGAGGUGUGGAGGACGUCAGUGUGAUGUCAAAUGACGGAAGAUUAGGUAGUGAAGGGGUUGGUCGCAAGUCGCCAAACAGUGGAGGACCUGGACUCCGGUCGCCAGGUGGUGAAGGUGCUAAGCCUGGGUCGUCAGUUACCUGAAGGACCGGCUGAUGUUUCUGAAGAAUCAUAUCAAAUCACCGCCUCACUCCGGUCCUCCACGCUACCGACACACCAAGCAUCAUCAAUCGACUGGACAAAUAUAUCUAAGCUCUGAAACUACUGCUGAGUGUAACGUUAUUAACCAAAAUGCCCUAUCUAGUUUCUGAGGAACGUUGUCUCGCUUCCUGGUGAACCUCUAGGCCAGAUGGACGUCAUCACUCAUGCUAUUCAUCUGACGCCUAGGCCCAGACCAUCUUACACCCAGAGUUAUAGGGUGCCACACAAUCGUCGUGUUCUGCUUGAUGAAGCUGUGCGAGGUCACGAAGCAAGUUGGUCAGUCCUAUCAUAAUUUCUUUGGAGUAAGGGCUACUGUGUGUAGUCCCUGCACUUGGAGCUGCCGGAGGAGCGGAGGUGACCCACCUACCGACAAUCUUAUCUUUGUGACCAACUGACUGAAUCCUGUCGACGUCAUGGAACCUCAAGGAGGCGCCAGGCCCCGCCAUUUGAGACUAAGCCAAGAAAGUGAAGUGCAGAGGCAGGCGGAUACGAAUCUGAUAAUAGCUGCUUUCCAAGGCCACCUGAGCAUACUACAGGAACUGCUGAAACAUGGCGCCAACCCCUUGGCUGAGGAAGACGGGAAGACUGCUCUUUCCUUUGCUGCAGGCAUGGGAUACCAGGAGUGUGUGAAAGCCCUCCUACAAGUCGUUCCACCUAACUCAGUGAAAGAAAACCCAGUCCUUCAGGCCAGCCGAGGAGGCCACACAGAGGUGGUGAAGAUGCUGGUGCAGGCCGGUUGGUCGCUCAACUGCAGUGAUAGUGCGGGCUAUACCUCGCUGCACUAUGCUGCUAUGGGUGGAGAUCUGGAGGUUACCAAAUACUUGUUGGAACAAGGAGUUAACCCUCUACAAGAGAAUCUUUAUGGAUCUCUUCCCCUAGAUACUGCCAUACAGAUGAAACAUCAUGCGGUGACAACGUUCCUGACCGAGAAUGGCUACCAAAAGAGACCAACAAGGGAGCUCAUGAUGGCUGUGUGGGAGGGAGACGAGGCACGAGCAAAAGCCGCGAUAAGUGAUGGCGGCAACCCCCUAGUGAAAGUCAUCAGUGGAACAGAUGAACCAGGGUGCCUAGUGGCCAUGGCUGCAUUCUGCGGUCACUACCAUUUGCUGCCGUAUCUGCUGGAGGUGGGGCUCAGUCCAGACGGCAAUAGGAAAUUACCCUUCACACCUUUGAGUCUGGCGGCCUCAGUGGGUCACUUGAAGACGGUGUAUGCACUACUCUUUCUCGGUGCUGACCCCUUGGCGACUGAUAACGAAGGAAGAACUGCUCUCCACUGCGCAGCAUUGUGUGGCCAGCUGCUAUGUGUGUCCGCGCUCCUUCCCAAGGUUCCGCCCAACUUCACCAACUGGAGUGGUAUCACACCGGUGCACUGUGCCAGCUUACACGGCCACAGGGUGGUGGUGGAGAUGCUGGAAUAUGCGGGCUGGCACCUCAAUGUCAAGGAUAAAAAUGGCCAUACCCCACUCCACUGGGCAGUGAAAGGCGAUAGUGUGGAGGUGACCAAAUAUUUAGUGGGUAGGGGCCUUGAUCCGCUACAAAAAGACAUUGCAGGAAACACGGCGAUGGAUAUAGCUAUGAUAUUUGGAUGCUACUCAGUUGAGGCAUAUCUAAAGAAGAAGCGUGUUAUGGUUGCAAACGAUGACUCGAAACGUCUUUUUCAUGUGAAAAUCCAGCAAAACCAUCAAAAACAAGACCACCUUCAUACUGUGUCAUGGAUGAUGGAAGGCAAUAUGGCUAUAAUGAACAACAUCCCUUAUAAGCAUGAAGGCCACUCGAUGGACGAAGCUGGCCUGACGCCCCUCCACGUGGCAGCAAAGCGUGGGGUGCUCCCCGAGGUGGUGGAGAAGGGUCUGCAAUGUGGUAUGAAUCCUCAUGUGGUUACCCCCGAGAACAUGACUCCAGCCGACCUGGCACGAGACAGCGGCCAGAAACAGGUGCUGGAAACGUUACAGCAGCACCAGUGUGAGCAGGACAAUUCGACGCCUGAACAGCUGUAUGAAACUCUUCUCUCAACAAUUAGUAUAGGGGACGACGUUCAACUAGUUUCCCGCCUCCUGUGUAAAGGCACACCCACUGAGCUACUAGGCAGGCAAUCUCUGUCUGCACUCCAGCUCGCUGUUACUACAAACCGUGUCCGGAUUGUAAACCUGCUGCUGGCUAAAGGCGCGCUGCUUUCCGCUGGACUGCUGCAGGUGGCGUGGCAGAGCCCCGAUACGACCCCCACGAUUCUUGCCGCUCUCAACAAUGCCUACUGCUGCCGGCUGCUUGCGGAACGCCGUCGUCUGGAGGACGUUGACCGUGUUCUUGUUGGUGGCAUCGACGAUCUGCUGAGUAUAAUUAAAGGACAUACGCCAUGGAAGGCUGCCUGGCCUAAAAAUAGCAGCCACGUGCACUUGAGUCGACUUUUGACUGAGGCCUCGCGCGCUAACUGUCCAGUGACAGCAGCCUUCCUCCACAAGGCAGGCGCAUGGGUAUGUUUCAGCGGGGAUGAAAAACGCCCACACACCAAGGUUACUACUGCCCUACACGCCGCGCUGGAAGCCAACCACUACAACAUGGCCGAAAUGCUCAUUAGAGACCUCAGAGCUUGCCCAUACGUGCCAGAUGCUAAAGGUCGUCUCCCAUGCCACCUUAUGACCAUGGAGCAGAGGCGGAAAGUGCAUCAGGGGUUGUUUGAUAGAGAGCGCUCAAGGCUGCAGGACCUAGAGCUUCGCCAGAAGGCCGCUCACGAGAAGUUGGCAACACGGGAAGCCUUGAGUGUACAAGAAGUGCUCUUCCACCGCUAUGUACAUGGCAGGCGUGAGAACACUCCCCACCGCCUGAUGUGGCCAUUAGGCCGCACUGCUCUGCUGCUGGCCGCACGCAAGGGUCUUCCCCAGCUCACAUACCUACUGCUGUGGGUGGAUCGCCUGCCCGUGGACGCAGUGCUCGAUGACGCCUGCUGCACUACCACCCUUCACGAAGCGGCCUCACAUGGCCAGGACUGCUGUGUGGAGCUGCUGCUGAGUGCCGGCGCAGACCCGCUGCGGCGCGACGCCUAUGGUCAGACGCCCCUUCUUUUGGCCGCUAUGUUUGGUCACACAAGUACCUAUCAUCUGUUAAUGCAGCAUCAUCUGCACGACUUGCCGUGCCGAGCAGGGACCACUGCUGCUGAGGUUAGGAAGAACUUCGAUACGUAUCUCCACAUGUAUGAGAAGUGUGGCCAUGUAUCAUGGUCUCCAAUCGACCGUCAUGAUUCUGAACGAGUUAUCUGCAAGAUCCUCAAGUCCAUAAGUCUAGCACAGUUACAGUCGGAAGCUCAACGGUUGGUCGUUGACCUCACAAGGGAGGAAGCCCUCGAAGUGAAAGAGGUGGUAAUGAAAGAAUUACACACUAUCAUGGAGAAAGUAUCAGAAGUAGAUCCCACAUACAGCGGCAAGUUAAGGAUGGUGGGCAGCUCUCGUGAUGGCUCUAAAUUAUACGCCCCUGAUGAGUUUGAUGUGAAUAUAGUGAUCAGGAAGAACAAUGUGAGGGUAAACGUGAGUGAGAGGGAAAAGAUUGAUGAACACCUGAAAGGUAAGCUGGAGAUUUCAGUGAAUGCUGAUCAGCCACAACUUCAAGGGAACAACCUAAUGUGUAAUCUGUACGAAAGAGUGCACGCGUACCUCACUGACCAUCUCUUGAAGGACGAUAGACUUAGCAUCGUGCCACCAGGCCUGACCAGUACGCAGGUGGGUGUGGGCCUUGCCCUGGCCUGGCAGGGAAAGGAGUAUCCUUUGCUGCUUGUCGGCGUGGACUUGGUGCCAGUGUUAGAAGUGCCAUGGCAAGAGAAAAUCGAUAGACCACGUCUUACUCCACAGAGUACAAAGACCAUACAGCUCAGCAACGUCGCUGAUGGCUCGUGGCGUUGUAGCUUUGCCGAAACCGAAGCAGAGGUACUGAAACUGUUGAACCCAGUGGAACGGUUACCGCAACUGAUGGGUAAAGCUCUACUGUCUAUCCUAAAGGCUGAGCCUUGGAUGCCCCAACACAAGAAGACGUUCUGUACUUGGUUUGCUACACGGGACUGGAACAUUGUGGUGCCGAGUGGAUUCUGCUUUAAGAACGCAUUCCUGCACUGGCUUCAAGAGCGUCAGACCGACCAUGAGGAAGAGGAUCCAGGCAAGAAUUUGGUGGCCGUGUUCAAGAACAUGUGUGCCAUCACUCCUUCAGAUCCAGAGUGUGCAGACCCCGAGGAAAUCCUUUGUUCACGAAGAAUUUCUGCUUACUUUGGAGGAGACUGUGAGGGACCCAAGGGAGGGGACGGAGCGCCCCUCAUUGUACGGUGUCUUGAGGAGGACUUAAAUGAUUCGUGUCUUGGCGCAGUUGGCUACAGCUAUUAAAUCAAUUGCGUUGUUAUUUACUUGAAUCUUACUAUGUGCGUAAAUAUUUAAACCGUUUUCUACCUGUGUUAAAGUUGGUUCAGUAUUCAUCAUUUUCAAAAGAAUUCUUUACCACUUCCACUAAUACAAAAAAAUAUAUUGGACAAGAAACUAUUAAUAAUAGGAUUCUUAAAAGAUUUAACAUAAUGUAACCUAUCGGGCCAUAUUUUAGUUUAAGGCAAGCUAUGGUCGAGUCAUAUAUAAAAUGAACAUUAAUAAUAAUAAUAAUAAUAAUAAUAAUAACAAUAAUAAUAAUAAUAAUAAUAAUAAUAAUAAUAAUAAUAAUAAUAAUAAUAAUAAUAUUAUUAUUAUUAUUAUUAUUAUUAUUAUUAUUAUUAUUAUUAUUAUUAUUAAUAAAACUAUUAACAGAUAAGACCUGAAAUUAAUAUGCUAUAUUCAACGAUGAUUAAAGAUCAUUCUGAAUGCAGACAUAAAUAAAAAAAAAUACCUGGUGUCAUGCAGUUUCAUGACGCAUGACAAAAUCUAUGAAAAUCAUGACAGCAAAUGUUUCAUGUAUGACAGAAAGAUGUUUAUACACGUGUAUAUUUACUUGAUACCCUAAUAACUAUAUAAGAUAAUUUUUUUUUUUUUUUCAAGUCCUCACAGUUCAUGAAAUGUCGCCAGUGCUUAGCCGUGCAUGACCGUUCGUUGUAAAAAAAAACAUGCACUUUAUCCCAUCUCGCACACAUACUAUUUGCUGGUUAUCUCUAUCAUCCUGAACAAGCAUACCAAAGCACGAGGGAAUAUACCAUGAAGAAAAAAAAAAAAAAAUCGAGAUGUCUUCAUUAAAACUUACAUAAUCUCUCUCUCUCUCUCUCUCUCUCUCUCUCUCUCUCUCUCUCUCUCUCUCUCUCUCUCUCUCUCUUUGUACCCAUUUUCAGUGAUUUCCAUAUAUAGAUAAUCCUCACAAAGAGGCAUUAUAUUAUUUCAAUAUUUACCACUGUGUAUAAUAGGGCACUCACAAUGGGGAAGCAGUCUAUAAACCUUCGGUGAAUUUGAUUUAGCUCACUGUUGCGGGGUAUCAGGAAGGUACUUCAUGGAUAAGGUGUUUCUUAUAGCAAGCAAAGGGCACUUUCCCUCUCUCUAUAACAUUUCCCCACGAAUCAUUGAUAUCUAAUCACAGCCACUGGGAUCAUGUUUCCCCUUCCUCUUGUCUCUGAUUUUGCUUAUUUUCUUCUGUUUCUUCUCUUCUUCUUUUCCCAUCAUUCAGCAUUUACUUAGCAACAGAAGGAUGAGGUAGAGGAUGGCAAUUAGGUAAGGCAGUGGUGGUUAAGGGGGAGGGGGCAAAGACUAUAUAAAAGAAAGACUGGAAAGUUUCUAAUCUAACAUUACGAAAAAGUGUUUAGAACGCCAUCUGUGAGUAGACCGUAAACUUAUCAAGGUGUUAGUGAUCCCGCCAGUAUUUAACUUUCUGUUGUGUGCUACUUGGGAAAUAUUCAUUGUGUUAUUUAAAAUAAGCUACAUAAAAGUGGAAAUAAAAAGGAUAUCUUAAACUCGUAGUUCUUUCAUAUUUUCAACAUGGAUGGAAAAGAAACCAAUUAAAAGACCUAUGUUUAUCGGUGAAGGUCUUAUAACUGUCUUCAAAAAAAUGCAGAACAAGAUGCAAUUCAAGGAAAGCUACGCAAAUAAAGCAUGUGUUAAUAAAGACACAGUUUCUUAAAAAAAAAAAAAAACAGCUAUAAUGCAACUUAUAAACAGAAAGAACGCAAUAGAUGACACGCAUCUUAGUCUGAGUAGGCAUGAUACGUCAGUUUGGUUUGAGUCUGACAACUUCCUGGUGAGAAAUGUUUGCUCCAUACCAGGCGGCUUUGGGUUCCGUGUAAUCUGUGAAGUUUUGCCCAGAAAGGAUGGGAUCUGCAACAUAUCUUUCCAUAUUUGGAGCGGUAUUAACAAAGAUUCUUAGUCUUCUGCUUAGGCUCAUACUUAUCUCUUAGUCGUGCUUAAGGUUCGGCUGACCGUAAGACUUAAGUCCCAGCAUGAAAUGGUGAAAUAUCUUAUGUUUCUUAACUUCACAUAAUGAUCUUUUCAUUUUUUUUUUUGUUUUGAGUGUUAAGUAAAAAAAAGAAAAUAAUUUGCCAUUGAUUUUGUAAGAAUAUGAGAGCAUGAUUGUGUUUUCUUUUUAUAAGCAAAUUAAACCCCAUGCAAGGCG